AACUAUCAUGUAACGUAAAAGUCGUAGAUACGAAGUUUCGAGGAAACUGCAGAGUAACUCACACUUGUCUAAAAUUCUUCCUUUUAUAAACCUCUCAAUGAUCUGUUCUAUUAGCUUCAUCAAAUCUUUCUAUAACUCCAUGAUGAAGCUCAUCAAAUUCAAUCCCAAACGUUUCUUCUCAUCCAAGAAACCAUCCAAAGUGUCUCGAUCCGGAACGUCCUCGUUAGGUUCCGCUUCGUCUUCCUCUUCCGGAGAAACCAAAAACCUAUGCGUCACCACUUCUUCUCCUUACUACUCGCACCUCGAGCUUCUCAAAGCGUUCACGCUUAUUGACAAAGACAACGACGGAGCUGUCUCCAGACACGAUCUUGAAGCGCUUCUGACUCAGCUUGGUCCUAAUCCGCCGAACAAAGAUGAGAUCAACGUCAUGCUUCGUGAAGUAGAUCGUGACGGCCAUGGUACGAUUAGCAUCGAUACGCUGGCUACUCGCGUCGUCUCCUCUGUCUCAUCUGAUUCGUCCCACGGCUCGUCGACGGAGCUGAAAGAGACGUUCGAGCUCUUUGAUUCGGAUCGUAAUGGUUUGAUCUCGGCGGAGGAGCUUCUCCGUGUGUUCGCCGCCGCGAUAGGUGAUGACCGGUGCACGUUAGAGGAAUGCAGUCGAAUGAUAGCAGCCGUGGACGAAGACGGUGACGGAUUCGUGAGUUUUAACGAGUUUUCUCGAAUGAUGGAUCUUUACUGAUGAUCCAUCCUUUAUAAAGUUUACUCUACUUUCUCGAAAAUUAGGGUUCUUUCUUUAGUGAAAAUGUCUACAAUAUAAUAUUUGUUUAAAUCAAAUAAUCAUAUAAAAUAAUUAAAAAUUAGUGUAAAUUUUCGUUUUAUUUGGGUUGUAAUUUGAGGAGAUGAUGUAAAUAUUUUUUUUGUUU